UUGGUUUUCAAAUCUUCUGUCCGUUGAAUGUGCUACAGAUCAUCAAGAUGAACAAGCAAGACUUCAUGAAGCUUCAGACUUGUGUCCUCAAAGUCGAUACACAGUGCGCCUGUGAUGGCUGUAACCAGAAGAUUAAAAAACUCUUGAACAAAAUCGAUGGUGUGUAUAAGACAAGCAUAGAUCUUGAGCAAGGGAAGGUGACAGUGUAUGGAAAUGCUGAUCCAUCCACACUUAUAAAGAAGCUUAACAAGUCUGGUAAACAUGCUGAGAUAUGGGGCCCACAGAAAGGAAUGAAUUUUAUGAAUAAUCAGUUCAAGAACAUGAGUUUUGAUAACAAGAAUCAAAAGGGUGGUGGUGGUGGUGGGAAAGAUAAACAAAAGGAUGGGAAAGGUAACCAACAAAUGCAAGCAAUAAAUAAUAAAGGGUUUAAAGAUUUCAAGCCAAAUAACAAGGACCAGAAAUCAGUCAAGUUUAAUUUGCCUGUUGGCGGCGGCGGUGGUGGUGGUCGCGGUGGAUUCGAAGAUGAGGAUGAUUUUGAUGAUGAUGAUGAUGAGUUUGAUGAUGAAUUUGAUGAUGAUAGUUCUGAUGGGUAUGAUUACAAAAAGCCCAAUAAGAUGAUGACAGGUCCACCAGGGGUGGGUGGAUAUGGGCCCAAUGGGCCAAUGGGAAUGAUGAAUGGUAAGAAUGGACCAAGUGGAGGGUUUGAAUUGCCUGUACAGAUGAAAGGGAAGGGUGGAUAUGGUGAUGCUAAAAAAGGAAAUAGUGGGAAAAAGGGUGGCGGUGGUGGUGACAAAGACGGUGGUAAAAAGAGUAAAGGCGGUAGCGGCGGUGGUGGUGGAUUUGGUGGCCUUUUUGGAGUUUUUGGUGGUGGUAAAAAGAAGCAAGGUGUGUCGAAUCCGAAGGGCGGCAAGAAAGGUGGGGAUGGUGGCGGUUGGGACAAGAAAGGAGGAGGAAAACAUCACGACGAGGGUAAAUUUAGUGGCAAUAAGCAAAAUGAGUUUCUCGACUUUAGCAAGCCUAAAAAAGGAGGUGGUGGGGGAAAUAUGGGCCACAAUGGAGGCAAUGGUGGCAAUGGUGGCCGCAAUAUUAGUCAAAUGGGUGGUAAUCCAAUGAUGGCGCAAAUGGGAAACCACCCAAUGGGGCAAAUGGGUGGUUAUCCAAUGGGUCAAAUGCCAAUGGCACAGAUGGCAUACCGUGGUCAAGGGAUGGAUCAUGGUAACCCGUACAAUAACCAACAACAAUAUCAGCAACAGUAUCAACAACAACAAUACAUGCAAGGGAUGAUGAUGAUGAAUCAACAAAAGGCGAAUAUGCACCCUCAAAUGAUGUAUGGCCAAGCACCACCUUUCGCCUAUGGACCGCCAAUGGGGGCACAUGGGAACGACAAUAUGACUCAUAUGUUCAGUGAUGAGAACACUGAUAGUUGUAGCAUCAUGUAGGAUUUUGGAGUAUUUCUAUGAGUUUUAGUUAAGUUUAUAGAUUAAUUUCCUUCUAUAGGAGGUAGAAAGGGUACUGUAGUUUGUGAUGUGUUGAUAUUUAUGUAUGGAAGAUCAAAAGUUUUGUCUCUAAUGAAGAUUUCAUUU